CUACAAUCAGAACUCAAACAGGUUUAAAGCAACGCAAUUCACCAGGGAGACACGGCACAGUAAUCUCAUACUUAUCAAGCUCAAAGUAAAUGUGCUGUUAUGUUAUGAUUUGACCAUGCCUGAAUAUGAGACCUUGGAUGAUCACAGCAUAGCUGGAAGCGACAGUGUGGAGCCAGAUUCAAAGCCAGAGUCACCCAAAGUGAGUGGACGAGCCUGGGGCAGACUACUGAAACUCUUCGACCUGUCUAAUGCUGCUGUCUUCGUUGUGAUCACAGAGUUUUUUGAAAAAGUCAGCUACUUUGGGGUUCGAGCUAUCCUGGUGCUGUAUUUUACAAAAGCGCUCAUCCUAUCUGAGAGCAAGGCUACCUCCCUCUAUCAUGUCUUCAUCUUCCUUUCCACAUCCUUCACCAUCGUUGGAGCUUUCCUCUCAGACUUCUGUUUUGGGCGAUACAGGAGUAUCCUCAUGCUUUCUGUGGUGUACCUUAUUGGUACCAUUGUUUUGUCAGUGACUGCAAUACCCAGAGAAAUCAGACAGUCUGGGGUGGGUGCCUAUAUUGGCCUGUUCCUCAUUUCCCUGGGAUCUGGUGGAAUCAGAUCCAGUGUGUCACCCUUUGGUGCUGAUCAGAUCAGUGGGAAAGAGGUAAGUGCAUACUGA